UCGGGGGAAGGGUGCCGGCGAGGCUCGGGAAAUAACCGGGAUUCUUUCGGGGUUUCGCAUCGCAGGUGUGCGCCGUCCCCCGGGAUGUAACGGGGCGCGGGAGGCGGCCGUGUCGUCCGCGAAGACCGCUUGGAGUCCCUUGUUAGGGAGCCUGGGAAAACCUUCAGUAAGGUUAACACUGAUGAGAGAUCUUUUAUGCCAAGGUCGUCGCUAUUUGAACAGACCACACCAUGCGUGAGUACAAGCUAGUGGUCCUUGGUUCAGGAGGUGUGGGGAAGUCCGCUUUGACUGUACAGUUUGUUCAGGGAAUAUUUGUUGAAAAAUAUGAUCCAACAAUAGAAGAUUCAUACAGAAAGCAAGUGGAAGUAGACUGUCAACAGUGUAUGCUUGAAAUCCUCGAUACAGCAGGGACAGAGCAGUUCACAGCAAUGAGGGAUCUCUAUAUGAAGAACGGCCAAGGGUUUGCACUAGUAUAUUCUAUAACAGCACAGUCCACAUUUAAUGACUUACAGGACCUGCGGGAGCAGAUUUUACGGGUUAAGGACACUGAAGAUGUUCCAAUGAUUCUGGUUGGCAAUAAAUGUGACCUGGAGGAAGAGCGUGUAGUCGGCAAAGAACAGGGUCAGAACUUAGCAAGACAGUGGUGUAACUGUGCCUUUCUAGAAUCAUCUGCAAAGUCUAAAAUCAACGUUAAUGAGAUCUUCUAUGACCUGGUCAGACAGAUAAAUAGGAAAACACCAGUGGAAAAGAAGAAGCCUAAAAAGAAAUCAUGUCUGCUGCUCUAGAGUCCCAUUGUGCAGCAGCUCUGAGCCAGAUUGCAGGAAUGAAGAACUGUUGCCUACAUGGAAAGUGCCAGCAUUCCCAACUUCAAACCCUUAUGGAAAUGAAUCACAUAUCUGAAGAAGCUUCUCCUGUUUUUUUAUAUACUAUGAGAAGAAUUGAGAUCUUAACCUGGUUUGCACACAGUCCCUUGGGAAAAGAAAUUGCUCUGUGUAUAUCUCUUGGAAAUUUAAGACAAUAGUACUCCUCCUUUGCAAUAGCAGUUAACAGAAGUGAACAUAAAUAUCAUUGACUCUAGUGUCUGAUUAUACAAAGGAGCAUGGAUGCAUUUCAAAUGGUAGAUAUUGCUUCUAUAAUUAAAACUUCAUAUUGACCAUUUUCUCGUCAUUUCUCCCCAUCAAGCACUAAAAAUGUCCCACCAUUAUAUUUUAUAUCUGUAACUAUAGAUCUCUAUUCCCCGAAACUUCCCUUUGCACUCACUGCAACAAAUAACUUUUUGAGUCAUUGACUUCAUUUUAUAUUUAAAAGUUUCCAGAAUAUCAUUAUUUUCAUUCUGCCAUUAUAUUCUAAUUAAAAAUGUUUGUGCAUAAUGCUUUGGAAAAAUGGGUCUUUUAUAGGGAAAAAAAAAAAAAGAAAACCCUGGGAUAACUGAUUUCUAUGGCUUUAAAAGCAAAAAUAUAUAAUAUACUAAACCAACUCUAAUAUUGCUUCUUGUGUUUUACUGUCACAGAUUAAAUUACAGCUUUUAUGAAUGAUUAAAUUUUAGUACAUUUUCA